GGAAAAUGAAUCAACAGUUAAAUAUUAGAACAAAUCAACAAAUUUGUUUUCUUUUUUAUUAAAUUAAAGAUUCUCGAAAAUUAGUUUAUACAUAAUAUAAGAAAAUAAAUUAAAAUUAGUGACACUAGCGCCAUAGUGAACCUUCUCCGCAACGUACAUCUAGUUCUUUCUCUGUGGUAACAGUCUACUUUGAGGUUAUCCACUUUAGUUCAAACUUCAAUUAAUUUCAAUUGAUUUUGAAUUAAGUAACCUUCUUCCGUUGCAACAAUGGCUGAAAUGGGCCCCAUCCAAUACUUUAUUUGUGGCGGUUUUGGUGGUAUUUGUACCGUGGUUGUGGGCCACCCCCUCGACACAAUCAAGGUACGUUUACAAACCAUGCCCAUCCCCAAACCCGGCGAGAAACCCCUUUAUUCCGGCACCUUAGACUGUCUCAAGACCACUGUUCAUAACGAAGGAAUCCGUGGCUUGUACAAGGGCAUGGGGGCCCCGCUACUCGGCGUUGCACCAAUUUUCGCAAUUUCAUUCAUGGGAUACGGCGUGGGGAAGAAGAUGUUCGGGCCGGGGGAGGGCCAACAUUACACUUACUUGCAAUAUUUCACCGCCGGUGCCUUCUCAGGGAUUUUUACCACGAUUAUAAUGGCCCCGGGGGAACGCAUUAAGUGCUUACUGCAAAUCCAGCAAGCCUCGACGGGGCCCAAGACCUACAAUGGACCCGUCGAUGUGGUCAAGAAGUUGUACAAGGAGGGGGGCAUCAGGAGCAUUUACAGGGGGUCGGGGGCCACUUUGCUAAGAGAUAUUCCUGCCAGCGGCAUGUAUUUCCUGACUUAUGAAGCGAUUAAAGAUUACAUAACCGACCACGGGAAGGAGUCUCCGACCAUCUUGGGAACAAUCUUUGCAGGUGGGGCUGCUGGAAUUGCGAACUGGGCUGUUGGAAUGCCCCCUGAUGUUCUGAAAAGUCGCCUUCAAACCGCGCCUGAAGGUACAUAUCCUAAUGGCAUUCGUGAUGUUUUUAAAAAACUGAUGCAGACUGAAGGGCCUGGGGCAUUAUAUAAGGGCAUAACCCCGGUUUUAUUGCGAGCAUUCCCGGCUAAUGCCGCUUGUUUUGUUGGAUUUGAAUUGUGCAAGACGUUUUUGGCAUAUCUGUCAAACGCUUCUCCUGUUUAAAAAACGGGAUUUUUGCUCAAAAUGACUGCAUUUUUGUCUCCCGUACUCGUUAGUUUUGUUCAAAAUAUUUUGUUGUGGGAUGUUUGUUAAUACAAGUUUGUAUUUUAUAUAAUGUUAUUUGUGGCGAAUAAGCCACGGAUAAGACGUGAUAUAAUAUAUUUUAAUAGUUUUGUAAUUGA